GAGGGAUACGUUGUUGUUCAGCAUCACCGUUGAGGUUUGACCAAAAGGCUUCGGAAGACAGGUUCUUUAUUUCGUUUUGAAGCGAGCUUAGGUUCCGUCAAACAUUGAUCUUUGCAACGCACUUCAUUAUUCCAUCUUUACCUGACAGCGAUAUACAUCACCACCUACAAAGGCGAUGCGCCUUCGGACCUACCACGCCAGGGCUCAAUCCAGCCCAUGCCAAAGUCGCGCCCCACGCGUAGUUAGACCAGUUGCGCCUUUCAGGGCGUUAAUCUCGACAUGCGGUAUCAACCGCGGAUCAUGGUUAUGUCGGGCGGGACCUGAAGGAAUAUCCGGAGUCGCGCAGCCGGCUGCGCAGCCGUCGCCGCUUGAGGAAAUCGCAGCUGCCGGGGACCCCGAAACCUUCGCCACAAGCACCGGCGUAGUGGAGCCCGUGGACGAGGAAGAGGCCGGGAUCGACUUCCUGGGCGAGAGCACCGAGGGCGACCUGCAGAUCCACCUGAAGGACUCGCUGCAGCACGGCAAGGCUGACGUCAUCAACGUGUUCGGAAUGCGCUCGCUGGAUGACAUCUACGAACUGCCGCUGGCUAAGCUCAAGGCGGCAACACAGAAUGUGUUGGACGUGUUGGAUGUGCCCGAGUCCUUCCCCGAGGGCAACCCGCAGCGCGCCAUCUACUGCAGCCGCACACUCAACCUCAGGUCCAUCAAGGCUAUAGGCUACGACAUGGACUACACGCUCAUCCACUACGACGUUAACGCCUGGGAGGGGCGCGCCUACGAGUACGGUCUGGAGACGCUGCGGCAGCAGGGGGUGCCGGUGGACGGUCUGCGGUUCGACCCCGACCUGGUGAUACGGGGGCUCAUCAUGGACAAGGAGUACGGCAACCUGAUCAAGGUGGACAGAUUCGGUCUCGUGAAGCGCGCCAUGCACGGCACGCGCAUGCUGAGCUGGCAGGAGAUCCGCGAGCUGUACGGCAGGGAGGUGGUGAACCUGCGCAACGAGGGGCGCUGGGUGUUCCUCAACACGCUCUUCUCGGUCAGCGAGGCGGUCAUGUACAUGCAGCUUGUGGACCGGCUAGACCUGGGCAUGUUCCAGGUUGGGGCGGGCAACAUCAGCUACCAGGCGCUGUACGGCAUGGUGAGCAAGGCGCUGUACCGCACACACGUGGAAGGCAAGCUGAAGGCGGAGAUCAUAAAGGCCCCCGAGCGCUACGUUGAGAUGGACCCCGAGAUGGCCCAGGCGCUGCUGGACCAGCGGGACAGCGGCAAGCAGCUGCUGCUCAUCACCAACUCGGACUUUGAGUACACCAACAAGAUGAUGUCGUACGCGUACGACCCCUUCCUGCCCUCCGGCAUGCGCUGGCGCGACCUGUUCGACAUGGUGAUCGUGAUGGCCCGCAAGCCCGACUUCUUCAACUACAACAUGUCGCUGUACGAGGUGGUGACGCCGGAGGGGCUGAUGCGGCCCGUGCUGGGGGCGUGCAAGGGGGGGCUGUACUGCGGCGGCAGUGCCCGCAUGGUUGAGAAGGCGCUGGGUGUGGAGGGGGACGACCUGCUGUACGUGGGGGACCACAUCUACACGGACGCGGCGCUGGCCAAGAUCAACUUCAGGUGGCGUACUGCCCUCAUCAUCCGGGAGUUGGAGCUGGAGAUCGACGCGCUGGCUCGGGGCCGCCCGCACCGCGACCAGCUGAAGGAGCUGAUGACCAAGAAGGAGCUGAUCGGGGACGUGUUCAACCAGCUGAGGCUCAGCAGACAGCGCUGGGUUCACGGCCACACCGCCGACUCCAGCUUCGACGACGAGGAGGGCAUCAACGAGACGCUGGCGCAGCUGCUGAUGGUGAUGGAACACCUGGACGACAGGAUCGGCCCCAUGCUGGAGCGCGACGGCGAGCACUUCAACAAGCGCUGGGGCUACCUCUCGCGCGCCGGCCUCAACGACAAGUCGCAGCUCAACCGCCAGAUCGAGAAGUACGCGGACAUCUACACCUCCCGCGUCUCCAACUUCCUGCGCUACACGCCGUACAGCUACUUCAGGUCCCCCUCCCAGUCCCUGGCUCACGACCGCAACCUCACCCGCUACUACAACACCAUCGUGGCCGCCAGGAACGAAGCGGCUGCCGCGGGCGCCACCGGCAGCAGUGCUGACAGCACCCCCAGCAGCCAGCAGCCCCAGAACCACCACAACGGCUUUGGCGGCGGUGCAGUGGGAAGCGGGUCGUACUCGGAGGACAACAACGGAGGGGUGUUUGCGGGAUUCGAGGAGGGCUUUGACUCGGACCCCGAGCACGAGCAGGACGAGUGCUGAGAGGUCGAGGGAGGAGGGAGGGAGAAGAUGGAAUGGGCGUGUAGGAAUGGGCGGUAGAAGGGUGUUGGAAGCAUGUAGAGAGGGCGUUUCCUCCCGGAGGAGGAAGGGCAGGGAAGGGGAGGGGAGGGAAUGGCGUUGCACUGGGACCGAGUGUGCCAGGGGCUGCGGGAGAGUGGCAGCAGGGUGGGUAGGCUGGUGGGUAGGUAGACCAUCUUGGACGUAUUAGGAAGCCAACACGGGUCCGGGAUUGUGACCCGUGGGUCAGUCGGCGGUAGAGCAAUGACACACACACACAUAUGGCACAGCGUGCGACAUCACUGACGGGGGGCUGGGAGCCGUGGGAGGGAUUCCAGCCAGGGGGGGCCCAGGGCUUACCGUAGAAGCUGAAGAAGGAGGGGGUUCAUGCGAUCGCUCAUUCGUCGUUGGUUGGUUGGUCGGUUGCUGUUAACUAGCUAACUGCCCUUUUGGGUCGGACCCUGAAAAAGGAGACCAGCAGCACUACUGUGGGGCCCAGAAGGGCCCACGGACAUGUCUAGCACACUUAUACACGCGCAUUUCGCGUUUUGGUGGGGAGCGAGCUAUAGAACCCUUGUGUUUGCUGUUAGUUAUUUAGGUGUCCUGUGUGGUACCGGUAUACGGGUGCGUGUGUGUGUACGUUUCGGUUAUUGGUUGGCAGCUUUUAACACCUUGUGGCAAAGCAGGACGCUACUUGACAGCGCAGAUGUUGGUGCCACGUCUUGAUAGCCUCCCUUUGGUUUGUUCCAUGUAUGAUUGGGCCGUUUUUAUGGCCGCUCAUGUUUUAUGUCUCGAUCAGGUGAUGCUGGGUGGUUAGGGUGGUUAGGAUUGGUGUACGGCAGUCGCCUGAUACAGCGGUGGCUUUGCACGAAGAAAGACAGACUUGGCGUCUGUUUCUACGUACCGAGGCGGUUUACAUGGCUGUCGCUUCUUGAUGCUGGUUGUCUAUAAUCUUUACAAGCCCCAAAGGCCACGACUGGAAGCGUGUCAGGCUUGCGGGCAGGCCGUAUUACGAUGGCGGGGUUCGCCGGUGGGUAGGCGUUUGGCAGUGUAUCUUGAACACACGUUAGGGGCAGAGCUCUGAAUUGGGGGCGGCCCUUUCACAGCAAACGUUGGGAGCUCGGGACAGGAAUGACUAGAAGAGACACAAAGAUGGUUCCCGUUUGUUUAUGUCUACACAGGUAUAGCUGGUUUUGGGUGUUUUGCUUGUAGCGUUACACUGCCUCCGAGCUGCUCCGGGUAAGCCACUCAUCCUG